UGCUGUCUUGCUGGUGGACCUUACAUGGCGCAGAGAGAGUGACGGGGACUGUUUGCUAAUCUUUGGAUCUGGAAGCGGUGGAUAUAUAUUUCUGGAAAUGGUGCAAAAAUCCUGAAAUGAGAGUGUGAAAUGAUAUCAGCUUGGAAAGUGUGGAUCAGCAUCACUGCCCCGUUGAUGAACACGUGCAGGACGGGCCCGAGGAAUAGCUGCUGCUGCUGCUGCAUUCAUAAACACUUCUUUAGGACUCACAACAACCCCUGAGCUUUGUUUGUGGGUCACUAAGCACCACGGUUCACCGUUGUGCACGUGGGUUGACAAUGGCUCAAAAGGGUAACAUGAAUAUAGAGCACGGCGGGGGAGUUGGUAGACUCCGGGAGGAGCACGAAAAGGUGGUGAAAGACUGUGAAACCCGGAUUCAGCACUGGAAGAAGGUGGAGGGUGAUUACGAAGCCCUGAAUGACCGCCUUCAAACACUCCCAGAUCAACUGUCCUAUGACAUCAUGGUGCCGUUCGGCCCUCUGGCCUUCAUGCCCGGGAAGCUGGUGCACACCAACGAAGUCACCGUGUUGCUGGGAGACAACUGGUUCGGCAAGUGCUCUGCCAAGCAAGCUCAGACUAUUGUGGAUCACAGGAUGAAGUACUUGAAGAAAGAAUUAGAUGAUCUGUCCAAGACGAGGAAAAAUUUCGAAGCAAGAGUCGGGCUCGCGAGGGAUUUGGAAACCAUGUCCUCCGGUAAAGGCGACUAUGUCGACAUCAGAGAGACGGUUGCAAAUAGUUACUCCACUGUCACCAAAGGAAAGCAAAGAAUAGCUCACAAACCACAUUCCAUGCCAAAGCUGGAUGCAGGGUUUGAUUUUAAAAAGGAGGAUGAGGAGGACGUAGGAGAGACUGAGGAUGGGGGAGGAAAGAAAGGCGUCUUGACUGAGGAAGAGUUGUGGGCUCGGUUAGAUGAGCUCGAGAAACUGGAGGAGCAACAGGACGAUCAGUACAGAUUAACUGAUAAUGCAGACAUGAACGGCGAGGACACGUCAUCCUCUUCCUCAGAAGAGGAGAAGGAGGCAGAUUCUGCAUCUCCAGUAAACGGCUUGAGUUUGAAACCCAGCUGGAGCUCUGUCCCUCACAGCAAACUGCCGCUGGCAGACAGGGAAGAGGGAGACUAUGAAGAGGGGGAAGGCGGCUCUCUGCCCACCAUCUUCUUCUCGCACACAGUCGAACCCAAGAAGGUGAGGAUAAACACAGGCAAAAACACCAUGCUGAAGUUCAGCGAAAGAAAAGAGCAGAAGGAACACUCAAAGAGGAAAAAAAAGAACGGCCACAGUAAUGGACACUCCCAUCACGAGCUUCACAAAAUCACCACCCCGGCAGACGUUUACAGGUUGUUUGUGGAUGUAAAGAACGGGGAGCCCGUCCCCAGGAAGUCCAUCUUGAAGUCGCGGAGUCGAGAAAACAGCGUGUGCAGCGACACCAGCGAGAGCAGCGCCGCAGACUUCGAAGAGCGCAGGGUGAUCGGACGCGGCCUCAGCCACGAUGACACGACGCACAGCGACACCAGCGAUGGCAUCACAGAAGAAGACAGUCCUACGGCAAUGCCGUCGCAGACCUCCGGGCGAUUUGAGGCGUUUUCGGGUACAGUGGUGGAGAAGGACCCGAUGCCUUCAGCUGUCCCCCAUCUGACCAUCGUCCCUCCAGCUCUGCCAACCAUACCGGAGAGGAAACAGGAGGAGGUGGCGCCCGACGUCGCCCCACCCCAGCAGGCGCCUAAAAGGGUGUCCAAAUUCAAAGCUGCCCGGCUGCAGCAAAAGUGACAUUUUAAAGACAAAAAUCUUCAUCUUCAAGCUUUCUUCUCUUCCUUUCUCUUCUUUUAACUGAUGAACUGGACAAAAACAUCAUCCUCUCACAGUUUUGCUCAUCUUUACACCUCUAGUGGCCCUGGUGUCCCGUCAUUCGCUAUCAUAAAACAUUCAAUAGCAACAUUUGCAAAUCACCCUUGCUUUUUUAAAUAAACUGCAGACAUUUCUCUCUUUUUCUUUUUUGCUUGUCUAUACCUGCAGUAGAAAAAAGCUUUGACGAGUUCAUCUUUCCGUUGGCCUUACUCUAGCUGUUUGCUGUUUGUCAUGAGUUGACCUGUUUUCCGCUCUUCUGUCGAUCCACGCUGCUGCCAGGUGAGUUAAGACUGUACUGUAGGUGUUGCCACAUAGGACGAAUUGCCUUGUUUUGUUGCUUUUUCAAGUUGAAUCAGGUGCCACUAGGUGUAAUUUUACCUUCUUUUGACCUGUUUAAUGAAUGUAUGUUUUCCUUUGUGAUCAGCUUUAUGGGAAAAAAAAGAAUAUUGGUGAAAAAUAAAUGAUUUAAGUGCAGGAUUUGUUUCCUU